CAGCGAUAACCCUAUAGGUCACAACUUCUGAAGCUGACGCUAACACGCCGACACCGAUGCACCUGUACGGGUCAAUAUCUACGGAGAUGGACAGGCACACACGUGUUAAAUGCCAUACUAGAGGUCAAUGGUGAUUUAGAAGCUGUCAUAAUACUCAUCAGUUGUCAUCGAAAACAGGGGCCUGACAUUCACAUCAUGCCACCUGUAUGCGUGUGUUGCAAUGGAUGUCGCCAUGUGGAGGAUUACUGUACACUAUGACGCUAUUGUGUCCCGGAUAGAAGGCACAAUCCGUUAAGAAAGCCUAUUGCGGCAUAGGAUGAAAAAACGUUCUUCGUGUCGAAGGUGAUUUAGUCCUUGUGGGCCCACGUUGUACCUCCCUCGCCCCAGCGGCAAUGUUACGUGUCCAGACUAUUUGGGUAUCACUGGUUUGGCUCGUGGGAGCUUUCUUGUAUCAAGAAAUUUCUGCCAAUGUCGCCUUACCUCCCGGUUUAGUCAACGGAGUGCCACGAAACACGUCAUUACAGGACAAGUUUUAUCUGAAAGUUUUGAAGGACAAGAUCCAGCGAGAGAUUGCUAAAUACAGAGGGAACACAUCGGGGGUCCGAGUCGUUCAAACAGACCCAGAACCGGAUAACGCUAAUGAGGGCAAGGUUACAUCGCAUACCCAAUUUGUAAUUUCCCACUCGCCGGGUGAACUGGGCAAAAACCUCCUGAAAUUUACCAUAAACAAAUCUGGCGAAGAUCAAGCCUCCGUAGUGACUCGGGUCAACUUGUGGAUCCAUGUCUGGCAGAGGGAGAAAAAGAGACAAGCGAGGAGGAAGAGAAAAGGGAAAAUGAUUCGAAUCAGUGUGUACAACAAUAGUUCCAAAGACGAUAAAGUCAUCGCGGAACUUCGAACAAGGAUACAAGGCACGAACUGGUUUCGAAUCAGUUUACCAAUUUCACUUGUUCGAAAUCUAGAAAUGAGCCAAAACAGUACUAUCAUAUUGCGGGUUGAGUGUAAACGCUGUAAUCGGAAAACAAGACUUAUGCUUCCUCAGAUGUCGAAGAAAAAGUGCAAGAGAAAUAAGAAGAGAAGGAGUAAGGGUAAAAAGGGAGGUAAGCAUGGCAGGAAGCCAAAAGCAAUGGGUCGAAAACGCGGUUGUGGUACGGCAAGAAACUACCCCCCUACAGUGUCCACUCAAAGACUUCCUUUCAUGAUAAUAGAGCAGCGAUAUAAGAGUUUUGAUCGACGGAAGCGGUCUCUGUCGUGUAACCCUUCCGAUCUCACAUAUAGGAAUGGAACAGUCACAAGCAGCAGAUGCUGUAGAAUGUCCACGUAUGUAGAAUUUAGUGAUAUGGAACUAGACGAUGCCAUUGUAACCCCUGGCGGAUACGAUGCCUCAAGGUGUAUCGGUAGAUGUUCCAGAAUGCGUCGCAACCGGAACCGGCGGCGGAGAGGCCGGAACCGGAACCGGAACCGGAACAAACGGUCACGUGGAGGAAAAUCUAGGAAAGGUAAAUGCCGUGCCGUUGAAACAUCUCCACUGAGUGUGUGGCUCUUUGACGAAAACCAUGACUUAGUACGGGCAGAAUUGCAAGAUUUAGUUGUGAGAAAUUGUGACUGUCGGUAAUGCAAAUAGGCCUAUGUUUAACAUUACGGUAUUAAUAGAUAAAGGAGUCCACCCGUGGACUGAUCAACCUGCGACAAUGGGUUUCAGCCACAAAAAAAUGUUUGACUCGAGUAGAAGCCAAAUGGCGCCUGACCAAGACAUGUCGUCGAAAUGUUAACCGUCACCGAUGAUGUCAUGUAUUUACAUUACUGCUGCUAGUUCUGUGGUCGUGGCCUUGUGGCUGCCUGGAAAGUGGUACUCGAACCGAAAAGGUUCCAUGCAACUUAAGCGUGAACACCAGUUACUAUAGCCGAUCUGGUAAAGGACUCAAGGGGCUGCUCGUCCAAAUGCGCAUGCUUAAGAGACAAUGCCUCAGUUACCAAUGUUUAAUAACUGUCCUUGACAUUGGCAACCUAGAAUUCCCAUGUGUUUCAUCCAUAUCAACGUGAUGAAACCGCCACCUCUGUUUUUGCCAUUGUAAAAUGUCUUAAUGUUGCCAUGCAGGAGGGUCAUUGUCAGCGUAUAACAUGGAAGAAUGUCUCAACUGGAGUAUCUUUGUAGUAAGAAGAAGAAAAGAGACGAAUGUGUUUGUAAACAUCACUAGAAUCUGUCACACAUGAUGUUAUGUAUGUUAUUGUUAAUGACUGACACUGUUUUUAUGGUGGUUCGCAUCAACUGUCGAUAUUGUCAUCACACAUUGGUGACGAGAUGAUGACGUUUGGUGACGUGGAGAAUGAUUAAAUGUUUGCUCGAAUGUAUAACAUGAGUGUUAUCCCUUGUUGGUAUCAUUUUGGCGGCGUAGCGGGAUGGAGGUCAUCAGUAGUACCUUGAUUUAUAAGAAAACUUCCGGAUCUCAGCAAUCCCAAUGACCUUGAAAGUAAGUAGUGCCAAAUACCAAGGGACGAGGUAUGAAAAAGGGACAUUUUCUGUCUGCUUGAAAUUUGUGUUCUGGACAUACAUAUAUUUGAAAAUAAAAUUGUUCAUGGUUUUAACUUUUAACAGAAUGAAGGGGGAAACUGAAACAGGUCGCUUUUGAAGAUUUCAAAAGGUCUUUCACAUGUUUCCCCAUAAAAAAGUCCUUGACCGGAGGUGUUUUUUUGCUCUGUGUCUACACCAGAACCACGGACUUGUUCUUAUAUGUAGUACGUUUGCAGUUUGAGCGUAAAAAAGCGUCAUUUUUCUUUGAUUCAAACCUUUCUCUGUCGUUCACGAUAUUACUCUUUAGUUCACGAUGUUUUGAGGCAAACAUUUUCAAAGCCUGAACGCUAGUUGUCAGUCAUUUGAACACAUAAAUUUCACAGAAAUCAUUCAACAAACAAAUUUUAAAUUGUUUAUUUUAGUUCAGUCAAGUAGUUACCUUUUCUCACCUCGUCCCUUCAUAUCUAGAAGUGUGCCAUUGCGCCUCCUAAUAUUUGGUUUGUAAGUUGUACUUAUGUCUCAUUGCCAAGGUUGAGGUCGAUGAUGGCUAGUGCACUUGUAUAAAUACAAUAACAGGACAGUGAGCGGGUUUAUACAACACGCGCCCUGGAAGAAAAGGAGAAAGUUUGAAAGCGCAUUUUUUGUGAAAAUUUAUUGGAAUUUAUUGCCUGAAUGUCAACCCCUUAUAGAAUGUAUGACUGGCAGAUACAGAAGCUGUUCAUGUGAGACACAUGUGGUCAUCUCAGCUCGUGUUGUGUCAUUGAUGAGAUAUUUGCCUAUCAUUAAUAUCGUAUGUGUAUUUUUUGCUUACCUCGUUGUAAUCUGUGAUAUCCAUGAUCAUCAUUCCUUAUGUAGUUGUAUUACACUUAUAUUUAUUAUCAUUACAUAAUUAAUAUUGUUUGACGAACAUCGUGAAAACCUCCAUGGAGGUCCCCAGCAUCACUUACUGGUUGUAAGAGACGAGUUGAUGAAUGGGGCGGUCAGGCUUGGCGACACGGUUGAUAGGUGUCAUCGUUCAGUCCGUUUUAUCUUUGUGGUGUGGAUCAUUAUAAGAACAAGGAUUAUUUACAUGCCGCUGUCAUAGACCUGGAAUGUUGCUGAGAAACAAAGAAACUUAAAAGCAUAUUAUUCUUGAGAUUCAACCAAGCAUUCUUACCAUAACUUUUAUUACCAUUUCUUUUAUAACAUGCCUCUUCUGUCCGAUUUUCUCAUAAGCAUGUACAUGUUUACAGAUGGCAAUUGUAAGGUACCGUUCAUUUAAUAGUCUUGGGUGACUAUUAUUUCUUCUGUCACUGAGUCAAUACAUAUGUUUCUUUGAAAGAAGUUGUAAUCUUUUUAUCAAAGACAACCAGUCAACAUUUUUCAUGAAACAGGAGGGAAACUAUUUUCUAGAACAAUUGUCAGCACUAAUUGUAAUGUUAAACACACUGAUUUGUAAAAAGAACAUUAUGUCCAUUCAUCAGUUGAGCAGGAAUUGUUUAUAAACACUCCAUGAGUCCAUGGGGGAUAGUUUAAGUCUAACGCCACCUUUGGCAACAAAACAAGAUCGCAAAAUACUUAUUCAUGAAACUGUUUCUUAAAACGCUUAAUACCAUUGACAUAAUACUGGGUUAAAUUAUCAAAAGGUAAAUGGUAUUGCUAAUAACCGCAAGCAAACAUUAUUAUUAUGUUGUUACUUCUUUCAAUUUUGUUUAUCAAAAGUAGAUAAACCAUAUCAUUAGACACAUCGUGUCUGUAGAGGUUUGAUACUACGGGCCUCCAUCAUCAACAAAUGCCUACGGCCGCAUUCCGGAGCAGUUGUCACUCGUGUCUAUUCGAAGUUAAAAGGGCCCUACUCGAUGAAUGAAUUUUAAGGCAGUGUCAGAGUGAUAGUUAUAGGACUGUGGCAAAUUUUGCACGAGCCAUAUUGUAAUCUGACGGCUCAUUGGCCAGAGCACUUGCUGGAAUCUGUCCGUUUCUUGAUUCGUUGGUUAAAAUAGCGACAGUACUAUAAAAGCAACCGUAUGUAACCACGGUAACUGGGGGAACAUAGUGGACCAAACCCGGGAGGUAUUGACGAUGUGAGGCGGUGAAAAUGCAACACAGACAUUCAACAUGUAAAUCUUUACAGUGUUAUACACAAACUCACUUUCGAGACAUAGAUUUUAUUAUUUGCUUAUAUUAAAGAUGUACCAGUAAUUGGUAACACCGUCCCAACAGCAAGAACAUAUUCCAUUAUCCUAGAGGGCAAUUCGUUCGCUUGUCGCGCAGAAGCUCCGGGUUCGAUUCUCCAAACGCGUACCUUGCAGAGCAAUGUGGUCUUAAUGCUCCCGUGAAUCUAAUCCAAACGCUGUUGUGAGAUUAAAUUAAUUUCCAAUUCUGAUAAGGCCAUUAAAGACUCAAUUAAAUACACUAUCAAGUUUAAUCUGAAUAACAAAUUCACGGUAGUGUCAUUCGGGAUCCCGUUAUGACAAGACGGUUCUGAUGAUACGAAAUAACAAGGUCUUUGGUAAAAUAUACUGCAGUGCGCAUAACUAGAAAAAAGGAUGAGUUACUGAGUGAAGUUAAAUAUACAACUUAGUUUGCAAAUGUCAUGGAACUCCUCAAAAUACGUCAUAAAUCAUAAAUAUAUAUAAUAGAUCAAAUUAUAUAUCAUAAAUCAUAAUUACAUCACGCGUUAUUCAAAACAUUUUAUCAUUAUAACUGAAAUACCUCAAUUUUCGUCUUGUCAAUGUGUUAAGUAGUUCACAUAGCGUUAUAGUCACUUUAGGAUAGAUGACAAGUGAUAGAUUCAUCAGGUACCAAGUUCCGGGUACAUGAAGUCCCAUGUUGUUGGUCAAGAAGCACGGGGUCACUUAGCGGCCAUACACACUAAUGUCAAUAAAUGCACAGCAUUGAAAGUCAUGUUUGCGCUCUCAAAUUCUUCCGGAUACUUCAUCAUUGGCGUAAGGUUUCUGGGGGGCAGGAUUCCGCCCAGAAGCCUUUCCAAAUGAUUGGCAAACACUUUGCAGUGCAUUUUGUUCAAUUAAUUAUGAAACAAAAGGCAUCCAAAGGUUUCCAGAAGAAUUCCGGAAAACGGAAACCUGUCUUUUCACGCUGUGGUGAAUCCCAGAUAACACAUCUAACAUAUCUUUCUAGAAGGUUCUAAGUAAACGAUGAACUAAACGCUGAAUAAUGCUGACAAAGCUACUGUUUAACUGUUAAAAGGGUCGGUGCAACGAGGUCGGGUGCCAACAAUAGGCCAGGUUCUAGGUUUUGCAUUUAAUACCAGCACCACUGUCAAAGUAGCUGAGGCUGCAAAUUUGCUUGAGUCUAGUGCCCCUUUAAAAGUCAGCAUAAGGGUUAAGGCCUCUUUCCUUUAUGGAUGACACCUCUGUCGUAAACCUUACAAUGAACUAAAGUUGCAUCCCGUAAGUCAUUGUUACAACAGCGUCUAAAUACUCGCUAUAAUUCAGUUAAAGUCAGAAUGAACAUAAUUUAAAACAGCAUGGAUGUUUAAAUUUUACUCUUUCAAACUUUCAUUUUAAGGAUUU